AGCUAGUGAGUCAGUACAAGACGGCUCUAGCGGAAUUGACUUUUAAUUCGAAGCCGAUUAUUACUAAUUUGACUAUAAUUGCUGGAGAGAAUCUUCAUGCAGCUAAAGCUAUUGCUACCACUGUUUGCGCUAAUAUUCUUGAGGUGAUCCAUCCCCACAGUUUGUUGUUUUGAAUUGAAUUGUAAAGUUGAAUGUGAUUGAAAUAUAGUUCCAAAGAAAAAUAAAGGGUACUAGUAUGUGGUCUUGUUUGUGAUAUAUACAUAUAUACAUAUAUAUAAGAGUGUAACCACACAUUAAUGAUAACUUUUGAGAUUCUACAGUUUUGAUGUUUACGACAAUUGUCAUGAACGAUGUCCUGGAUGCAAAAAAUCACAACCUUUCGCGUCGAAUUGCCUAACUAUCUAAUUUGAGGCUCUUCUUGAUUAGCUAAUAUAGUGAACCUUUUAAGCUUGAGCAGUUCAUACAGGUUUCUUGAAAAUUGCAGUUUCUCAGUGGCAAUAAGUUAUGCUUGUUGCCAAUCAUAUGAAUUUGUCAUGCUCUUGUGGUUUUGCUUUCUGUACGGACUUGCUCAGAGAUUAUCUGCCAAAAUAUGUUGCUGUGUACCUGCAAGAGGUUAAUAUUAUGUAUGAGCUUUGUAGGUGCCUUUUAACAUAUGGGUUUAUUCAUUUGUGGACCUGUUUGUAUUGGGUGCAGUAUUUCUUUCAAUAGAUUUUGACAUGUGACAAUCGUAUAUUAUUAAAUGAAUUCGUGUCCUUUUUACUUUUUCAUACAAGGAAUUCUCAUUGCUUUUUUAGUUCUGCUGAGGUGGUGAGACUCUGGACCAUAUAUUAUCAAUCCUCAAGGCAGGCUUAAUUUCAUGUUGUAGUUACGAUUGAGUAAUCUGGUUAGAAGUGCUGCAAACAGCACACCAGUGCAAUUGGAUGGCAACAAAGGAUCAAACUGAUCGAAAGUUCCCAGCGAUCAAAAGUUGCCAUCACUUUAUCUUUUAGACAGCAUUGUAAAGAAUAUCGGGAGGGAUUACAUAAAAUAUUUUGCUGCCAGACUACCUGAGGUGUUCUGCAAGGCAUACAGGCAGGUUGAUCCUCCUGUGCAUUCGAGUAUGCGGCAUCUUUUUGGAACUUGGAAAGGAGUCUUCCCACCUCAGUCACUUCAAAUGAUUGAGAAGGAACUUGGCUUUGCUUCUGCAUUGAAUGGUUCGUCGUCCAGUGCUGCAACUUCGAGGCUGGAUUCUCAGUCUCGGCGGAGUAUUCAUAUUAAUCCCAAGAUCUUGGAAAUACAGCAUCUUCAGCAGUCAAGUAGGGCAAAAGGAAUGGCUACUGACCUGACUGUUCCCAUACCCAACACAGCAGAGGAUGUUGAGAGGCCGGAAAGAGCAGCUAGUAUUGCUGCUGGACGCUCAUGGGUAGAUCCUCCUGUUAAAAUGCAUAACAUUCAACACACUCAAAGAGAAAUACUAAGUGAUCCUGGUCAUGAGAAGAAAAUUGGUUCCACUUAUGGAGAUUUUGAAUAUAAUUCUGAAAUCUCAAGGAUCUCAGGCUUGGGAAUUGGAAGAACAAGCGGAAGAGUUGCUGCCGAAGGACAUGAAAAACCUUGGUAUGGGGCUGGGAACAGUGCUACAGAAACAAUAUCUGGCCAGAAAAAUGGGUUUACUGUGAAGCAUGGAUUUCCAAAUUACUCAACAUCCAAGCCUGUUAAUGUUGAUUUGCAUCUACAGCGAACACAGAGCAAUGCAAGUAAAAGCACCACUGCAGUGUCUGCUAGCUGGAAAAACUCUGAGGAAGAGGAGUUUAUGUGGGAUAUGCAUUCUAGGUUAUCUGAUCAUGAUGCAGCCAAUCUCUCCAUUACCUCGAGGAAAGAUCGUUGGACUCCUGAUGGUUCAGAGAAAUUGGAGUUUGAGAAUCAAUUCAGAAAACCACAAAAUGCACUUGAGGUGAUGUCAAGGUUUGAGCGAGAAACUUCUUCUGACUUGCAAUCCACUGAACAGAGAGAACAAAUUUCUCUUGGGCAUCGUUUAUCCUCUCCAUGGCGACUGAAGGAGUCUCAUCCAACUGAUGGCCUGUUAAUUCCUGGGUCUUCUGGUUCUAAUACUGGUCAGACAGAUGGCUACUCUGCUACUCUUGGUGGGUUGAGUGCAAGUUCCUCCUUGGCCAGAAUGCCUGUUCGACCACAUACGGGGAACUCAGGCUCUGGGUUUUCAGCAAAUACAAAAUCAGGGUCUCAUGGAACGUUAGCACAACAAAGGUUUCAGUCUCCUGGGGCUGCAUUGCCAUCUGGACAGUCACCCGUGCACCAAAACCCACUGUCACCUUCAUUUCCAGCACUUUAUCCGAAUCAACAAUUUCAAAGUUCAGCUGAACAAGACCUCCCGCUAUCUCAAUCACUACCUCGCCCUGACUAUAAGACCCAUCAAUUGUCAGGAAAUUUGCUCCCGUCAAAAGUACAGCCUGGCAGUUUGAAAAGACUGCAGAACGAAGACUCGCCAACUUCAGCGCCUCCGCUACCUUCUAUACAACUAAACCGCCAGUAUCCUUUUUCUCAGCCAAGACAAGCAGAAUCCAAACAUGUUGAACCCUCUGGUCAGAUCAAAAAGCCGCACCUGAUUCCUGUUUCCAACAUUGGAACUUCAUCAACAUCAGAAAGUUCUGCACCAGACAUGUCAACUCCACUCAGUGCACAAACUUCAGGACAAUCAAGCACAAGUAGUUUGUUGGCUGCUGUUAUGAGUAGUGGAAUUCUCUCUAGUAUAACCAAUGGUGGGCUUCCUAGUAAAUCUUUUCAGGACGUUGGAAAGACACCAUCACAGUCCAGCAUUCAGCCUCCUCUUCCAAGUGGCCCUCCUCCACAAUAUAAAUCUUCUGGGGCAAGGAUUAGUUCAGCAUCAGCUCCUCUGUCAGAUAAUGAUACAUCAGUUACCUCAAAUAUUUCUGAGAAAAAAGAAGAGCAGCCACCGCUGCCUCCUGGUCCUCCACCUUCAUCUAUACAAUCAUCAAAUUCAGUGAAUAAGGCUGCGAACCCAAUAUCAAACCUUUUGAGUUCAUUAGUAGCCAAGGGUUUGAUAUCAGCAUCAAAAUCGGAGACAUCCUCUCCCUUGCCGCCUGAGUCACCUACUCCAUCACAAUCACAGAACCCAACCAUUACUAACUCUAGCUCCAAACCAGCUUCCUCUGUCCCAGCAUCUUCUGCUACAUCUCUUUCAUCCACCAAGGAUGAAGCAUCCUUUCCCAAACCUGACGUUAAAAGCUCUGCUGCGGUGCCUCAGCCAACCGCACCAGAGAUAGAAAGUCUCAUAGGAUUGGAGUUCAAGUCAGAUGUUAUCCGAGAAUCACAUCCACAUGUGAUUGGUGCAUUGUUUGAUGACUUUCCACAUCAAUGCAGCAUAUGCGGCUUGCAACUUAAGCUUAAGGAAAGGCUUGAUAGGCACUUAGAAUGGCAUAUUUGGAGUAAGCCAGAACCAGAUGGUUUAAAUAGGGUGAGGAGAUGGUAUGCAGAUUUAGGGAACUGGGUUGCGGGAAAGGCUGAAAUUCCAUUUGGAAUUGAGUCAUCUGUUUCCAUGGAUGAAUUUGGGAGGACAGUGGAUGAGGAUGAGCCUAUGGUUCUUGCUGAUGAAAACCAAUGUGUAUGUGUUUUGUGUGGUGAGCUAUUUGAAGAUUAUUAUAGUCAACAAAGGAAGAAAUGGAUGUUCAAAGCAGCAAUGCACUUGACACUCUCCUUGAAGGGCGGUGAUAUAGGAACUGCAAAUGAGAAUUCUAAGGGUCCCAUUGUGCAUGUAAACUGCAUGUCAGAAAGUUCAGUUCAUGACUUGGAACUGACAAGUGGUACUAAAAUGGUAAGGCACUCUUUAGAAAAAGGAUAAGGAUGGAUAGGGCUCAGUUUGAAACAGGACACAGUGGCUGAUUGGCAGGGAGACACUUACAAGGAAUUUCAUGUUUAUGGUACAUGAGUAUUGCGGAUAGUUGUAUGAUGGUAAUUUUUGUUGUGCAUCAAAACGGUGCUGAGAGCUUUCCUGUAAUUUUCCCGCUUGUUUUUUUUUUUCCUUAAUAACUUUUUUCUUUCCUCAUUUAUAGUCCAAUAGAAAUACAUAAUUGUUAGCUAGUUAUAUGCCUCAACUUCUUCACUAAUGUGGUUGGUGUGUGGUCCGUAUAUGUUGUUUUUUGAAUGUACCGAGGUGGGUCCGCACUUGAUCACCUGUUGAUGCCGACAAACAGAAGGAAAAGCAGUCUGUUCUUUUCUCUUUCAGCUUCAAGAUUGGCUUAUGGGUCUAUGCGUUACUCUAAUCUAUUUUAUUUUCUUGUUCCUGUCUUUUUUUUCCUUCUCUUUUAUUAUCUCUUUUCCUUUUUGGAUAUCUAGCAUAGCUAUAUUUGUGCUCGUCUCUUACUUACAUUACUAAGGAGAGAGUAAUGUACUGUGUUUUGUGGUUUCUUAUCCGUCAUUGUUGGACGUUUGGUAUGCAGUUUUUCCUGGAAUGAAUGUUUCAUUUUAAAGUAA